AUGGGACUCAAAAAGCAGAUGCUCCAGUUUGAGGAUCAACUCUCAGAUGUUGAAUCCGACUACGAAUCAGAGCCCGAACCUGCCAUCCUGAAGCCGUUUCGGCUGUUCGAUCUCCCAUCGGAGAUCCGCCUGCGCAUAUACCAUUUUGUCUUGUUCACGCCGACCCGAAAGAGUGCGUUGCAGCGCACUGGCAACGUGGGAACCUCUGCGAAGAAGAGCAAACCACUAGCAUCGUCCUCGGUUCGAAUUGCUCUGUUUCUUACUUCGAGGCAAAUACACGAUGAAGCAACGCAUUAUUUCUAUUCAACCCAGACCUUUCGAGUGCUGCCCGUUCAAGAUUUCUUAAAAAUGCCCACCGUUCGGGGUUUGCCUCGUCGCCACCGCGCCUCCAUCACAACAAUUGAAUUGAUCGUGGGAUCAAGCUGGACCGCACCACCAAAGUCAUGGGUGAUCAAUCAGAGUUUGGGGUUACAAGACAUGCACCUUGCCCGCACGUUGAAAGUUUUUGUGCAGUGCGACCCCUCACACCCUGUGUUCGAAGGCUUCCGCAUUUCCAAAGAUUUCUAUACCAACUUCUGCGGUAAUUUGUUACAUCAGAUCUUGGAGCGACUGCCUGCUCUUGUGCAAGUCGAAUUUGAUGCAUGGCCCUCUGUUGAGAAGAAUGGACCUCUAAUGUGUCGCCUGAUCAAGGAAACUCGGGCUGCCCAAAAGAAGGUUCUCUGGGGCCCUGAGAGGGGCUGGAGCGACAGCCAGGAUGACCAGCACGAAAAACUCACAAUCGGCGAUAUAGACGUUGCCUUUGGUGGAAUGAUGUCCCAUCCCUCCGAUAUUGUCGAGGCCCUGGGCAACUCGCUUCAGAGAGUCACGCUAGGAUCUUGA